UCCCACUCAGCAGCACACCACUGAGGAGAUUCGAGACAAAGCGCUGAUUUGAAAACAAACCAAAGACAACAAAGAUGAAGAUGCCACAAGUUAUCAUCCUCCUCCUGACCAUCCUGGUCCAGGCAGGGACCGGGUUCCCCACAGACAGAGCCCGUCGGGAGAAGCACGCCUCCUGGGACGACGUGAACGUGGUGGCCCAUGGCCUCCUGCAGCUCGGCCAGGGGCUGAAGGAGCACGUGGACAAGACCAAGGCCCAGAUGAGAGACGUGAACAGCAGGCUGAAGACCUUCAACAGCACGGUGUCUGAGCUAGAUAGGAUGCAGGAGGAGCAGGGAGAAGCUUUGAUUGCCCAGAGCAAGGAGGCGCAGGGGAGGUACAGGCUUCUUGCUGAACUGGGACAAGAGGUGAAGGUGGAGGUAGGGGAGGUGAAGAGGCAGACAGAGGACAUAAAAUCCAGGAUGGACAGAAUGGAGGAGGUGCUGACAGAGCCAGCGCUGGACAGCAACAACAGUGACCAUGAGAGGGUUUCUUUCAUCCAGAGGCUGAUGGUCGCUCAGAACAGACGCAUCGAUCAGUUGGUGGAGAAAAUCAGACAGCAGCAAGACAAACUGGAGAAACAGAGUCUCCACCUGCAAGCCCUGCAGAACAAGGUCACGCAAAACAAAGUGAAAACCCACAGACGAAGAGAUGAAGAGAUGGCACUGGAAGGCGAUGCAGAGCGCAAUCAAGCUGAAACAGGUGUGGCCAGAGAUUGUCAGGAUCUAUUUGCACAAGGACAUCGAGUCAGCGGCAUCUACACAAUCCAGCCCGAGAACUCAAAACCCUUCAACGUGCUCUGUGAAAUGACUCCAGGCGGUGGAUGGACAAUCAUCCAGAAACGCCAGGAUGGAUCUCAAAACUUCAACCAGCUUUGGGAGAGCUACCGAAAAGGCUUUGGCAACCUCAAUGGGGAGUUCUGGCUCGGUUUGGACCACAUCCACUCCCUUUCCAAGCAAGGCGAGUACAUCCUGCAGAUAGAGCUCUCCAACGAAGUGGGGCAGCGGCAGACAGGUUAUUACAGAUUCCAAGUUUACGGAGAGGAGAGGAUGUUCGCUCUACACCUUCAGCAGGACACUUCGCCUGGGGUUCAGAAGAGAAUCGUGUCCACUGGAGCGUCCGGCCUUCCCUUCUCCACAGCUGACAGAGACAACGACCUCGCUGCAGAGAUCAACUGCGCUGAGAAGCUCUCAGGAGGUUGGUGGUUUAGCAGCUGCGGAGAAUCAAAUCUCAACGGCAAGUAUCCCAGACGCCACAGGGGACAACAGCCCAGAAGACAGGCCAUGUUCGGGACGAUCACACAGGGACACCACGGCCCUCUCAGUACCACUCUUCUGAAAAUCGCUCCAGUUUCUAUGGUGCAAUAAGAACCCGAGCAGCACCAACACUAACGUCACUUCAACCCAGAGAAUAUCUGGGUCUUUAACUACUGAUUGAAAAAAACAAAACCUGCAAAGUGCACAUUACUGAUGUCUUCUGAUGCACUGAUCAUCUGAUAUUUCUCAGUUGAGAGUCUCAGUUUAAAUGUUGAGUCAUGUUGACCGGGACAUUAUUCCCCUCUGUGAGGGCUCGUUUUAUUAUGUAUGUUAUGUAUUUCCUUUAAUUACUUUUUACUUAUUUAAGAUAUUGUUUUUUUACCUUAAAUAUUUGAUUACAUUUUAAAAUGCUUUUUAUUUGUAUGAAUACAAAUGAACCUUUUAAAUGGAAAAAAGCUGGCACAGUUAUUUUCUGAAUCAUGAAAAAAGUUAAACAAAGCGAGCACAAAAUACAACAUUAAUCCAAUAAAGUAAGCCUUAGAUCACAAUUCCCAUUUAAUGCUUAUGAGAUGUUAUUCAAAUGAUGAUGAAAGGUUUAAACUUUUCUUGCAAUGUUUCAAUGUAAAACUGGUUUUAGUUAAACACCCUACAUUACAAGUGAGACACUAGAGACCUUAAUUCAGUCUAAACUAAACAGGCUGGAAUUCAGAACAGAAAUCAGGUAGAAAACAGUGAGAAAGAGGUUAUCUGCAGCAGAUCAAAAAUGCUCAGCUCUGCCAAACAAAAGGUGUAUUUAUGUAAUGUUAAAGAGGAACCAAACCCCAAAUCAACUUUUCUUUUGCUGAUUAACUGCAUAAAAUGGGCCUUAAUUGAGCAGUUUUUUUAAUUUUAUGUAAACUUGCUUAAUUCUGUAAUAUUUGUCCUAAAACUGUCCUCUGCGGGUUAAACGUUGGCUCUGUAAUUGAAUCUUCCUAUUGGUUCAAACGGUGCAGCUUGAUUCAUGCUUACGUCACAGCCCCUGCGUUCGGGUUUAAACCAUCUCACUCCAUCACGCCCCCGUAGCGGCUUCGGGCAUUGCCGAGUCAGCACCCAGAACCACUGGUUCGAACUGAUGAGGCUCAGGCCCACUGGGCUCCAUAGAGCCUCUCCUAACCUCCGGUGAUGUUAGGGGGGUGAAAAAUCCUCCACCUCCAAGGAUCCAUCUGUGGCGAAACUAGCAGCGUCGCUCUGCUCACUCUCCAUGUUUCAAUGUACCAAAUUAAGCUAUCUGCCACUUUCCCUCGUCCUCCUGACCACAGCCCUGCUUAAUCCCCUUCACUCAUACCCACACACUGCCCACUUCGGUGGCAUUUUUCAAACUUUGUCUGGGGAGAUAAGGUGUGUGAGCAACAAACCCGACUCAGCUACACCAGUUCUGUCAGGAGGAAUGGGCCAGAACUCCAGUAGAGUAUUGUGAGAAGUUUGUGGAAACAAACCCGAAAUGUUUGAGUCAUACAGUUUAAAGACAAUGUACCAAAUACUAAUGAAGUGUAUGUAAACUUCUGACUCUGAGGAAGGUCUUGCUCAUUAUCUGAAAUUUUGCAAAUAAAAAAUAUUUUAAUGCUAACUGA